AACUGGCCGAGGAGUACCGAGUGUUUAUGCAAUAAAGAAACUAGAAUAAGAAUGUAGCAGAAAUUGAAUGCGUGCAUGUGGACCGAUUAUUUCUGGUCUAAAGUAAAUUACCACACAAAAGACGUCAACUGGGCUUCAAAUGAAUCCUUGGAUACGAACCUCAAGUGUACAGGAAAUGAGGAACACUGACUCCCACUGACAAACAAAAUACUGUCUGUUAUAUUUACGAUGGCCAUUCUAAAGAGAUGCCAUGUGAUUUCCUUCUUCAUGACACAACAUCGAAGGAUGACUACUGCCUUUUUGUCACCAAAACUUCAGCAAGUUCCUGAGAAAUCAUUAGGCAUCACAGUGGAAGAGUACAAAGUCAGGCGGAAGAACUUGAUACGGUUAUGUGUGGAGAGUGAACAGUUCAGAAGCGUCCGUAGCCAUUUGCUCUGUAUUCCCGCUGCACCACGCUUAUUCUUCAGCAGCAAUAUCAUGUAUCCGUUUCGACAGAAUGCAGAAUUCAACUAUCUCUGUGGCUACCAGGAGGCUAAUUGUGUUUUAUUUAUGUUCACAGAGCAAGGAAAAGGUGUGGAAAAUUUUAAGUCCGUGUUAUUUGUUCCGCAACGUUUUCAGCACGAUGAAAUAUGGGAUGGAAAGUUUGAAGGUUUUGAUAGUAUUGUAAAGUCAACUGGAGUUGAUGAAGCAAGGUUCACAAAAGACAUUGCCAGUUUUUUAUCAACAUACAUGAAGGAUAAUCACAAAUUCACACUUUGGUAUAAUUAUCAAAAGACUGUCAAUCCAGAACUUCACAGGUCUGUCAUGGCAGAUUUCCUGAGGCAGGGAAAGUAUAAGAAACUUGAAAAUUGUGACAAUCAUGUUCAGUCACUGCAAGUUGUGAAAUCCGAGGCAGAGAUUGCUCUCAUGAAGAAGAGCAUAGAGAUAACUUCAGCAGCUUUUAAAUCUGCUCAUGAUGUGAUUGAUGAAUGGAAAUCAAAGAGUUGGAAGAAAGACAGUCUUUUAGAAUAUGAAAUUCAAGCAGCGAUGAAUUAUACUUGUCAGAUCAAUGGAGGGCGAUUAGUAGACACUCCUAUUGUUGCAGGUGGUAAUAGAGGGAACCUGAUAGUUAAUCCUACCAUGCAAAACAACAAUCGACUGAAUCCAAAGGAGCUGAUGAUGAUAGAUGCAGGCUGUGUAUACAAAGGAUACACCACAAAUGUCACUCGAGUCAUCAAUAUCUCAGAUUUGACUUUUGAACAAGAGGCCAUCAUAGGAAUAGUGCAGUUGAUACAGGAAACCUGUAUUAAGAUGUGCACGCCUGAAUACAGCCUGAAUGAGAUCUAUAGGAAAAUGAUGGCAGUCCUUGGGGAGUAUGUCCAAGUAAUGGGAUUCAUGGAUAUGGAACUGAAUGAAAAACAAUUUUAUGAAGGAGCACAGUUAUUCUGCCCACACCAUGUUGGUCACUAUUUGGGAAUAGAAGUACUUGAUACACCUUUAGUUUCCAAAGAUAUGAAAUUGCAGCCGGGCACUAUUCUUACCAUAGAACCAGGUUUAUAUUUACGACCAGAAUUUGUUCCAAAUAAAUUAAGCUUGUUCCGUGGGAUAGCUGUAAGACUAGCUGAAAAUAUCUUAGUGACUAAGGAUGGACCGAUCAAUUUAUCCGAAAAUGUGUCUCCUCGUGAAAAAGCCACACUUGCCUGUGACACUGAAUCCUGUUGGUAUAGUGAGGAAAUGCAGAACUUCAUGGGAUCACUGCUGAAGAGAAUGAUUUAGGUCUAUGGAAGAAUAUCCUACAUACUUGAAAAUAACUUAAGGUGGUUUUUAUAGUGAGCCGGACUUGUGAAUAAGCCACCAUUUUUUGCAGUCAAAAGGUACAUAUACUUGUGUAUAAGCUGGACUUGAACAUUAUUCUGACUUCUGAUUUAUGAACAUAAGAUAUUCUUAUUCAUUGCAUUCUUGAUAUCACAAUUUGGUAUGAAUAAAACACAAGUCAGAUUACAAAAUGUUAAACUUUGAAAAUAAGCUGGAAUGGAAAUAAGCCGAUCUUGAAAAAAAUGAGUCCCCUUGUUUCAUACAAGAAGUUGGCUAAAUUAUUUUCAGGGUUGUAGGUAAUUUAAGUGAUAUAUAAGACAACAACAACACAAACAAUUAAACAAACAGAAGAACUUAUUUGACAUGAUGUGUUGAUCAUCAACAGUUCAAAAUGUCAGUAUUCCUUCUACCGUCUAACAGCUUUUGUAUUAUUUCAAUGAAGAAUUUUACAAGUAAACACUACAAAUACAUGAUUCUCUGUGUCAGAUUUUAUUUCAGUAAACAGUUUGGCUGUUAGUACUUUUGGUAAAUUGUACAGCUACAGCUUGUGGAGAAACUUUUAAUUUACUAAUAUUUUUCUUUCUUAAAGUAAUUCCACCCUCCUGUGAUGUCAUCAGAUUUUGCGAAAUCAAUUAUUUAUAUAGAUUUAUGCAUGAUAGGAACAUAAAUUUUGUUGGAGUAUUUUCCGAUACUUAUUAUAAAAAAUCUUGUUAGAAAUAAACUAUUUCAAAAGUCUAAGUUAUAGAGGAAUAAUUAAUGAGACAUGUCAAAAUAUUGAAUCCAAGGGCAAUAACUCUGUUUCUAUUGAUUUCUUUAUCAAGUCUAUUAUGCGAUAGAUUUCCUUUAUUUUUUACAGACAUUUUGUAUAUUUUUGUGAAGAUACUGUUUCAUGAAAUUGUUAUGAAUGUUGCUAUAUCGUCAUAACCAAUUUUUAUGAAAAUUUGAUAACAUUGUUCAAGGAAAAUAGCAAUUUUCUGACGGUGAUAUGUGAUUCUGUUUAUGUACGUCUCUCAUCUUAAAAAGUGUGAUGACCUAUGUAUUUUAUUUGAUAAUUUUUUAGUUUUAACUCUAAUGAAUGGAAAUAAAUACACUUUUCAAACUUGUAUCAGAUAAAACUGCGAGUAUGGAGUCACCUUAAGUGUUUAGAAUAGACUUUUUAUCAUGAUAAACCUGAAAAUUUUAAUUUUCAUGGGAUAUGUUAAUUAUAUCAGAUAAAAAUCACUGUUAAGGUCAUGCACAGCGUUUCUCAAUAAAUAUGAUUUUUCAUGUCAUUUCAGGUACAGUU